AUGGCCUCAAACACCUCGUCCACAGUCCCCCUCUGGAUCGACAACAAGCCCAUCCACACGCAAACCACCAUUCCCGUGACCCAAGCCAGCACCUCCAAAACCAUCCACCACGCCUCCUCCGCCUCCACCACCGAAGCAACCCAAGCAGCCAUCUCUUCCUUCUCCGCUUUCAAAUCCUGGCGCUCCACCUCCCACACCACCCGUCGCAAUCUCCUCCAAAGCGUAGCCACCUACUACGACACCCACGCCCCCUCUCUCAUCGCCACGCAAAUCGCCGAAACCUCCUGCACAGAAGCCUGGGCGCGUACAAACGUCAAUCUAUCCAUCUCGUACCUCAACGAAAUCGCCGCGCAGAUAAGCAGCGUGACCGGCGUUAUCCCCCCGACUGAGAAACCCAACACCCAGGGUUUUGUGUUUAAAGAGCCGAUCGGACCAAUCCUAUGUAUUGCGCCCUGGAAUGCCGCACUCGUGUUAGCAACGAGAGGGAUAGCAAGUGCCAUAGCAGUUGGCUGCACCGUAGUCUUCAAAGCGAGUGAACUCUGUCCCCAAACGCACGGACUCAUCACGCAAGCUUUCGCCGAGAGCGGGUGUCCAGAUGGCGUGUUGAACCAGGUGCAAUGUGGGCGGGAAGAUGCGGCUGAAGUGACCGAGACGUUGAUAGCGCAUGAUGCGAUUCGUAAGAUUGAAUUCAUCGGUAGUGCGGAGGUGGGGAAGAAGAUCAUGGGCAUCGCGGCCAAGUAUCUCAAACCGGUUCUGAUGGAACUAGGCGGGAAGUGUCCGGCGAUUGUGCUUGAAGAUGCGAAUCUGGAGGAGGCAGCAAAGCAGUGCGGGAUGGGGGCUGUGUUGAAUCAUGGGCAGAUUUGCUUUAGUACUGAGAGGAUUAUUGUGAUGGAGGCGGUGGCGGAGAGGUUUAAGACGUUGCUUGUGGAGGCUAUGAAAGGGGUGGAAGGACCGGCUGGGUCCGCGGUGUCUGAGGGUAUUAAGAAGCAUGCUGCGGAUGUUAUAAGGGAUGCGCAAGAGAAGGGCGAUGAGGUGCUUGUUGGUGGGGUUGAGGCUACUUCUCCUGGGGGUGGGCUUGCGCUCAAACCUACGAUCAUCGUCAAUCCCUCGCCUUCAUCCCGUAUCCUCGACGAAGAGACGUUCGGUCCUUCCGCUUCGCUUUACGUCGUUUCUUCAGAUGAAGAAGCCGUCGCGUUGGCGAAUCGCUCAGCAUAUGGUCUCAACGCUACGGUUUGGACGCGCGAUAUGGCUCGUUUCAUGAAGAUGUCGCGGGAACUGGAAUAUGGUCAAGUUCAUGCCAACAGCAUUUCAGUGUACACAUCGCCUACUGGAAGUCAAGGCGGCGUCAAAGGAAGUGGGUUUGGGCGACAGAAUGGACAGUGGGGACUAGACGAGUUUGUUGUCGAGAAGUUUGUCACUUGGUGUGGGUGA